CCCCCACUUCAGUCCCGUUCGCAAUUGGUAUUCGGAAUUAUCGGCUGUCUAGCCAACCAGACAAACCAGCAAUGGUCAUGACGAGCUACUUUCUCGAUGACGUCGACGAGCAGAUGGACGGAGAUUCGAAUCAUAUAGGUCGGAAAUCCGGACACGUCACGAAGGCGUGCAAUGCUUGUAAGAAGAGAAAGGCGAAAUGUGACCGUCAGCGACCAUCAUGUGGUCCCUGCCAACUACGUCGUGAGAAGUGCGAGUUCACGGAAGGAGACCGCCGACACCACCCCGAUCGUCAGUUCGUAGACUCGCUCGAGCUGCGUAACAAGACGCUAGAGGAGCGGAACAAAGGCCUUGAUGCACGAAUAAACCAACUCACAAAGUUCAUCAAGGACAUGGGCCUGGAAGCGCCUGCAGGAGCGAAUGAGUCGCCUCAGUCUGUGGCUGUCUCAAAAGAGCCGAGUCCAACAGCUGUGAACAGCCAUUCAAUCAGCCCCGAACCACCUGAGACGACUUUGGUGAACAUAUCUCCCGUCAUGAAUACGUUGAGAGUUAGUCCGACGGGAGAUAAUGAGGCGCUACUACAUGAUGCGCAGCCAAGACUGAUAACUCAGCGCAAUGAACGAGGACAUUAUUUCAUGUAUGGAGCGACUUCAUCCAUGCAACAUCUACCCAACUCGCUGGCGUCGGAAGAAGUAGUAUUCCACGACGCUGGACCCGUACCUUCCUCGUCAAGGUCCAAUUCACCGACUCUGGUACAUCGGUCGGAAUCGUCGUCCAGCGGCAGCAGCACCACCAUGGUUGGCUAUGACCACCUGCGUCACCUCCCGUGUCAUCUGAGCAUGACACUUGACGAGCACGAGGAAGUACUCCACACGCUCUUCCGUGUACUCCCUGCUCACAUGAAGUUGCACGCUGCUACAUUUCUUCGAUCAUUGCGAUCAACGCUUGCUUUCCCCGCUCAGCAUCGACCAUCAGGAAGUUCUCCCUCCUUCCCCUUCCCUCCGAGACCCCGUGAUUGUCCCCUGCCACCACCAGAUCACGGCUUCCCGUUCCCCCCAAUGCCCAACCCAUCAUUGCCAUACCUUCCGGUACCAGACAGCUUCGACUUCGGUACAGCGCCCACACUACCUAGCCCCUUGCCGUCGCAAUUACCACUAGACGUGUUUACUCCGCACGCAGUGAUGAACCGAACAGAGUUCCAGGCUAUCUUUGGCGGAGAAAUGCCCCCCGUACUCCCGCCACAAGUCACCCCACAUUACUCGCCCACGCUACACAACGCGACGCUUUCGGUGGCGUUGACCUAUGCGGCAAAGAUCGAGAACCGUGGGUUAGAAUUACGACGGGAAGUUGCCCAGAUGGCAAAGGCAAACCUUGAAACAGAACUUGCUUCGCCCAGCUUGACAGGCGUGAAAGCGCUUGAAUACCUCGCUGUCUUCCAUGCGGGCAUGUCGGACCACGCGCUCGGUUGGCAAUACUUUGGCAUGGCACUCCGCAUGGCACUCGCCCUUGGACUCAAUCUUGACUGUACUGCGCUUGUCGAAUCAGGCGAUAUCUCCGAGUCCUUGCAGCGAGAACGCAAUGCCACCUUUUGGUCCGUCUUCAUACAGGACAGGUACUGGUCGCUCUGGUUUGGACGAACCGUGGGUCUGCCAGAGGGAUCGUACAAUAUCCCCAUUCCCGAGCCGGACCCGCAGGUCGACCUUCUCCCGAUGAAUGUCGGAGAUGGCGUUGACAUCACUACCGAGAUUGGCUGCCAGCCGGCAUUCCUGAGCAGCACCUUCGUACAGACAUCCAAGAUUAUGAUCAUUGCAUCUAAAAUCCUGACCAAUAUCUAUGGUACGAAGAAGACUAUCGACAUGAACGUGGUCAGCAAACUCCGGCUGGAGCUGGACGAUUGGCAUAACAAGCUACCGCCUGCCUUGCAUUAUUCAACGACGACGCUCUCUGCAUCUAUACCCCACAUUCUCACUCUUCAGAUGACAUUUAAUUGGCUUAUAAUUCUUCUUGAUCGACCUUUCUAUCGCUCUGUCACGCAACCUCUACACCAAGAGCCUGCCGUUAAGCGGUGUGACGCAGCCUUGAGACGCUUGGUCCGCUUAUUCCGUUCAUGGCACGAUUCGCAUGGUCUACGAACAUGCACGCCCGAGCAUAGUGCGAUCGUGUUCACUGCAGGAGCCACAUUCCUCCUUUCGGCAGUGCAGUUCAAGCCCUUGUCUGAGAAGAAACGGAAAGAGGGCUUGGACGGCAUCAAGUUCUGUGCAAGACUCUUGAGGGAGAUGGGCACGGUGUGGCCUGCUGCCCGAGAGAAAGCCGACAUCUUGUUCCGUUUGCAGAAGAAGUUCUCAAGUACUGUUGACGUCACCGACAACGGCAUGCCGGUGGACAUUCAGAGAGGUCAUAGUGGUGAUUCCCUGGAUGUGGAUGACAUUAAGAAAGACCCCGAGUGGGUCGAGCUGGCGCUGGACCUGGGCGACGACAAUACUGUCCCCCAGUUCGUCAUCGACACGUCGGCUUUCGAGCAGAGCCGCACAUACCUGGAUUCUCAGUUUGCAAGCGAGCUGCAUGUACCCACACCUGGCGUUGAUCGUAAUAACAGUGCUGAGCGUGUGAACCCCACGCUCGGCGCUGAUUAUUUCCUUACAACACUCUACCAGUUUAUGGAGAACUACGAUACUGCGCCGCAGCAGCCACGGUAUCAAGCCCCUGUCCUUCCCGAAGUUUCCGAAGCGGGAAAGCAGACCUUGAACGGUCUUCUGCAGGGCAAUGGACUUCUGCCUAAUGGCGUAAAUGGAGUGGCCCACGUGGAGGAGGACCAAGAGGACGCCAACUUGUAUGAAGGCUGGUCUUCUGAGUAUGUCAACUUCGAUGCUGUCAAAGGGGUGGAGGUUGUCAACGUCGGCACCAGUGACGUUGUGCCGAUGAGCCCGUAGUUCUGCCUUCUUUUCCGCGCUCACACGCUUGCACUUUUCUCGAGGUUUUCAGGGCCUGCAUUUACUGGUAUCUAGGAUUCACCGCUGUCUUUGUCUUUCCUAUUCC